CAGCCAACACCAAAGGUGAGGAAGCUCGCUGGAUGUAGCUGAAGCAAUCUAGACUAGGCGUCACUGUACCCUCCAUCUAGCUCACCGACUGUAGUUACUACUAGGAUAGUCACAAAACGCCGCAUGUUUUAAAAAGUACUCGAAGUCAUCUUUUCUCUGCCCCCCACCCCGGGGGUGGCCACCUUCUUUCGCUCCAAUCCCCUUUGUGAGGGGAGGGGGGCAGGGUGCGGGGCCAGUAGGCCUGGCUCCCGCCCUCCCUCAUGGGCCCCAGCCACAGGGGCCUUUGUGGGUAGCCGGGAAGGUCACGUGGCUGGCCCCAAGGGCCAGCUGCCUGAGUUUAUUUUUAUUUAACUUUAUUUUCUGUUUUGUGAGUGUGUGUCGGCCCGUUUCCCCUCCCCGCCUUCAGUGUUAAAUGGGAGCCUCUCCUUCCCCCCUACCUUUCCCAUGUCUCCCCCCCUCCACCCAGUCACCAGUCACCAGCCAUCCCUCUCCAUCAGGCAGAGGGUGAAGUGGGCAGGUGGGGGCCUGGGGCGGCCUGGGCCCAGCCCAUGGUCUACAACCCCUUCUCAGGCCGCCAGUACUGCCCCGUCCCUUUUUAAAACGAAACGCCCUCGUUUGUAAAUCCUUAGACGCUUGAGAAUAAAACCCCUCCCUUUUCUUCUGCGGUGUCUGUGGUGUGUGUUGUGAGCCUGGCAGGGCCUGGCAGUGAGGUGGGGGAAGGGGUCGUGAGCCCCGACCUUGGGGCUCGGGGGCUGGUGGAUGGGGCCUCUGCAGCGAAGAGAGACAGGCAGGGCUGGGGGCUGGCGGGGAGGUGUUUGUAGUGACGCCCCAUUUCUAAUGGCCAUUGUGAGGGACCUCCCCCCAGCCUGAUAGCUACGGGUCUGGUCAGAGAGCCCUUAAUCCCCAGCAGGCCUUGGCCAUGGGCUCUGAUGUCGGCCCAUCAGUGCACCGCCCCCGCUCCUUGCCUCCCCAAAUGGCCCCCCAGCCAAGGCCAGAGCCGCCUGCCCGCCUGCCUGGCCCAGUGCUGCCUCAGCCGGUCCAGCAUGCUGGGCACCGCUAUCCUGCUGCUGGCCCUGCUCCCAGGGAUGACCACCUUGCCCAGCGAGUCAGCUGUGUCCCCGUUCCGCGCGGCGCCAGGGCCCAGGCUGCGCCGACCCCUUUUCAGUCUGGAGCUGUCGGACGCGGAGGACGCCUUCCCGCGCCGCGCGGGGCCGUUGGAGGUCCCGGCUGACAGCCGCGUGUUCGUGCAGGCGGCCCUGGCCCGUCCCUCCCCGCGCUGGGGCAUGGCCCUGCACCGCUGCUGGGUGACACCAUCCUCACGCCAGACCCCGGGCCCCGCCCUGGCGCUGCUGCGCGGGGGCUGUUCCGCCGACUCCUCGGUCACCUUCCCGCCACCGCGGCCGCUCCCAGGUGCCGCUCGCCCCGCGCGCUUCAGCUUCCGCCUGCGCCCGGUCUUCAACGCCUCUGUGCAGUUCCUGCACUGCCAGCUGAGCCGCUGCCGCCGCCUCCGGGGAGCCCGCCAGACGCCUGCGCCUCUGACGCUGUCUCCACCGUCGCCGUGUCUGCCUCGGGAUGAGGCGUGCGCGGGCGCCGGCAGUGGCCGCGAUGAGAGUCUGGGUGCCGACAGCCCUCACCUGCACACGCUGACGCAGCCCAUCGUGGUCACGGUGCCGCGGCUGCCCCCCAGGCCACCCAAGGGCGUCCCCGGCAGAGCCGUGCGACCCGAGCCUCCCGCGCCGGCCCCGGGGGUCCUGGAGCCCGCGCCGGUGGUAGCACUUGUGUUGGCCGCCUUCGUGCUGGGCGCCGCUCUGGCCGCCGGGCUCGGCCUCGUCUGCGCUCACUCAGCGCCCCUGCCCCCCGGCCCGCCCCCGACAGCCUCGCCCAGCGGCCCCCCGCCCAGCAGGCCCCAGUGAGGCAGACUGAUGGGGCGGCCAAUGAUCGGUUGGGAAGGGGGUGACCUGCCGUAGCGUCCUCUACCCUGCUCAGCCUGAGUCGCCCCUCUCCAGAGAUAGCGCGCCCCCAACAGGGUCCAGAGACAUACCAGCCACAGCCUUGGACCAGGCCCGCCAGGACCUGAGACUCGAUGGGACUAAGAUCCCUGCGCCCCGCGCCCCCUCUUGCUCCUCCUCCCACCCUCCCACCUGGGCUCAGAAUAAACAUCUGGCCUGAACUGCAGCGUUCUGAAGUCUGCGUGCGCGCGUGGCGCGGGGGUGGGGAUUCCGGGGUGGAAAAGGUCCAGACUGGAGGGGUGGAGCUCUGGGGCGGGGCUCAUACGCCCUUAUAUAUACGUGUGCGGUUACCGCCCAGGGGAGCCCCAAGGGCAUUUUGUCCCAGACAAAAAAGGGACACCCAACCCCACCAGCUUAAAUUUAAAAAUAAGCCUCGCCUCCUUCUCCACCCCUGCACCGCCCACCUGCCUUCUCAACCCCAGGAUUUCUCCGCUCUCCACUCCCACCGCCCGGACCCUGCCCUCGCUAGGGCCUCGAGCUCAGGCCUCUGCUCCAGUCUCCUCUCCGUCUAGCCUAAAGGUCCUAAAUCCCUCCUGCCCGAGCUCCUCCCUCCCCAGAGCAUAGACAAGGGGAUGACUAUUAGCUCCAUUUUACGGUUGAGGAAAC